AAGUCACAAAGAAAGAAAGAAAAGAAGACAUUCAGGUAAAAUGUUUUCUUUGAUAAUUAUAGGAAAAUGAGUUCCAAAUUUAUCUCAUUAUCAAGUGAUUCUGAUCUCAAAUAAGUCAACAAAAUCAGAUAAAAAAAAAAAAAAAAGGCCCCUGCUACUGCUAUGGCGGCAACAGCACUUUCACUUCCUCUGUACUUAGAUCCUAAACAACAGCAACACUUCCAUACCCACCUUAAUCCCACCAAAGGCCCUCCCUUUCUUUCAUCUAGAAACACUUUUCUCUCGCUCCACAAACUCCAUCGUAACAAUUUCAAAUGUUCUCUCCCUUCUUCUUCCUCCACCAAUUCUGUCACUCCAGCUCAGUACUACUCCUUUCUUGAUGACCCAUUCAGGGGAAGCCGCUUUUUAACCAAUGAAGAGCUUGAAAACGUCAAAACUUUGGAGUCUUUUGUUUAUUUUCAAGAAUUGGAAUCUGGGUCGUUGUGGGUUCGGGUCAUGAGGAAUGAGGAGAUGGAUUUGACAGUUGGGUUGUUGGCUUUUUCUUUUGCUGAGUUAAUGUUCAUGUCUUUGGGAUAUGAGGCUUUGUUGAGGUUCUUUGUUAAACAGUAUUUGAUUGAGAGGAGAGCUGUGAUGCCACAUGCCGUGACACUUGUUGGGUUUUAUAGAGAGAAAGGUGGACUGAGAGGAGAGGAACUGGCUGGGACCGUGGAAGUUUGCUUUGACAAAAGGGGUGCUAAUGCUUCUCCUCCUACACCUACACCUCCCAAGAAUUCGCCAUAUGUUUGUAACAUGACUGUUACAAAGCAUCUUAGAAGGAGGGGCAUUGGUUGGCGUCUUCUCAAAGCAAGUGAGGAGAUAAUAUCUCAACUGACUUCUUCAAAAGAGGUGUACUUGCAUUGCAGAAUGAUUGAUGAGGCUCCAUUCAACAUGUACAUAAAAGCAGGAUACAAUGUUGUUCAGACAGAUAGUAUCUUUAUCUUGUUGACAUUACAGAGACGUAAGCACUUGAUGUGCAAGAAACUUCCUGAUUUUAACAGUUUCCCAGAAUCAGAUAUGUCAGACUCUGGUGUGGAACUUCCCUUAUAAAUGGGUAAGUUGAAAUCUUACUGUAAUUGUAAUCUUUUGAGCUACAUGCAGUUCAAGUCACUCAUGCAACCCAUAUGUUUAUCAUGUUUUACUGAAACUCUCGCCUCCUCCUCUUGUUGUUAAUCACUGUUGUACACCUGUUAAAUUGUGUUGCUCGUAUGUGAAGAUGACUUCGUUGUUAUAUCUUGUCCGCUGCAUUGUCUCUUUUCAUGAACUGAGGUUUCCAGGUCCCUAAUGUAGUUCAACAAGCUUGCUAUGAUCAUCCAUUUGGAUGUAUUUCCUACUAGGAAUGUAAUGGCCACUCACAAUAUCUCCUUGGUUUUAAUUAAUCAUGUGCAUAGUAGAGCACACUUUAAAG